UCUAUUAUCAUCUAAAAAACAAGUGUUAACUGUUUGCAGCAAAAACUUUGUAUGUUGAGGCCAUGUCUUUAGGGCCAACAAAAAGAUAACAAAAGGUCCUCUGCUUGUCUUGUGAAACUGGGACAAAUGCCGGAUGUAGUUGCAUCACACUUCAUGUCUUUGUGAUCUGAAAGUAGACAUCCCCACACUGUGUAUCCCUUCCACACCAUAUAAAGGCCUGUUCCCUCCAUUUUCCAUCAUGCUUUAAACUAUGAACACAAAAUACAGACAAUGACCAUGGACACUUGAACAUGAUCACCAAAAGACUGCUAUCCACCAGUAACUUCCAUCCUUUCCCACCUAUGAUAAAAAACUACCUACAGUGGGCCCAAAACACACCAAAGUACCAAUCAAGCACAGCUUUUAAGCCAAAGGGUACCUCCAUUCUAGCUACAGACCUCUUAAAAUCAUAUUUUGAAAAGGGCCUAAUCAGUCGAGCACGUAACUUGUUUGAUGAAAUGCCUGAGAGAGAUGUUGUUGCAUUGACCGCGAUGAUUUCAGGGUACACGCAUUGUAAUGAAUACACUCAAGCAUGGAGUGUUUUUCUUGAUAUGGUAAAGAAUGACAAUGUCCCACCAAAUGCAUUUACAAUAUCAAGUGUUCUAAAGGCUUGUAAAGGAAUGAACAGUGUUUUUUGUGGGGGUUUGGUUCAUGGAUUGGCUAUUAAAAGAAGGUUUGUGGAGGGGUUUAUUUAUGUAGAUAAUGCUCUCAUGGAUAUGUAUGCUACUUGUGGUGUAACUAUGAGGGAUGCUUGUGUUGUUUUUCACGAUAUUAAAGAGAAGAAUGUUGUGUCAUGGACUACCUUGAUUGCUGGUUACACUCACAGAGGUAAUGGGAGUCGCGCAGUUCAAGUCUUCCGGGAAAUGUCACUGGAGGGAGCAGAAUUGAACCCACAUAGCAUUUCGAUUGCUGUUAGAGCUUGUGCUUCAGUCGGCUCAAAUAUUCUUGGCCGACAAAUACAUACGGCAGUGAUUAAACAUGGAUUUGAGUCCGAUCUUCCUGUCAUGAAUUCUAUACUUGAUAUGUAUUGUAGGUGUGGUUGUUUAUCCGAGGCAAAGGAGUACUUCAAUGAGAUGAGUGAAAAAGAUUUGAUCACAUGGAAUACAUUAAUAGCUGGGUACGAAAGAUCAGAUUCUAUAGAGCCUCUCUUUAUAUUUUCACAAAUGGAGUCAGAAGGUUUUAGUCCAAAUUGCUUCACUUUCACCAGUCUUGUAGCAGCCUGUGCAAACGCAGCAGCUUUGCAAUGUGGACAGCAGGUUCAUGGAGGAAUUUUUCGCAGAGGGCUUGAUGGAAAUCUGGAAUUGGCUAAUGCCUUGAUUGAUAUGUAUGCAAAGUGUGGCAAUAUAAUUGAUUCACAAAAAAAUUUUAGUGAAAUGUCCUGUACAAAUUUAGUCUCCUGGACUUCUAUGAUGAUUGGAUAUGGGACUCAUGGAUAUGGUAAAGAGGCUGUUGAGUUGUUUGAUGAGAUGGUCAGGUCAGGCAUCAGACCUGAUCAGGUAGUGUUUAUGGCAGUUCUACAUGCAUGUAGUCAUGCCGGACUAGUUGAUCAAGGCUUGAGGUACUUCAACUGUAUGUUGGAUGAUUAUCACAUCAAGCCAAAUCAGGAGAUUUAUGGGUGUGUUGUAGGUUUGCUGGGCAGAGCUGGAAGAGUUGAGGAGGCCUAUCAUCUAAUAAGAAGCAUGCCAUUUAUGGCUGAUGAGUCUGUUUGGGGUGCUCUUCUUGGUGCUUGCAAGGCACAUAACCUUUCAAAGUUGGGCAAGUUGGCAGCUAAGAAGGCAUUGGCAUUGAAACCAAAUAUGGUUGAGACUUAUGUGAUGCUGUCAAAUAUCUAUGCUGCAGAAGGAAAAUGGGGAGAAGCUGAAAGAAUGAGAAAGCUGAUGAAGAGAGCAGGCUCUAAAAAAGAGGCCGGUAGGAGUUGGAUUGAGAUGCAUCUAAUGAUAUCCAGGGUUAUCGAAAAAUCUUGUUAACAAAGCCUCCACACCUCUCCAUCUCUCUCUGCCGAAUCUCCCUCUCGCACAUCUUCUUCCUCCCUCUCUCUCCCUCAGCGUCCCUCUCGCAUAUUUAAAUAGCUGUCCCUGCAAAUUUGGCUAUCAUACAAACAAAAAGAUGCCUCAUUUUCUUCUUACUAGGAAACAUAAAAAGUCAUCAAUCAACAUAUAUGAAGAAAUGAAUUUUAUUUUCUACAGUGUGAAAAGGUCAGCAGGCAAAUGAUACACACCUAUAUCACAGAUUGCAAAGGAUUUCAUGUAGAGCCAGUUUGGUGGUGACCAUCUACAGUGCAACUCAAGGACUGAUAUAUUGUUAUUGCUGAUUAAUCUUUUGUUACAAUAAGGAUCUCA